AUGCUUCUACUCCCCCCUCCUCCCGAGGACGCCCUACCACCUGAUCUUGAACCCGAACCCUUUGAACAGGAAAUCCCUGUCCAGGAGCCAUUGGAUGCCUCACCCCCAGCCAAGCGUAGCAAACGGCUGCUACCCGAUGCAGAGGCGCACAAAACAUUUGACCGGUGGCAUGCUCUCAUUCCCAAGCUAGUCCCGGCUCUCCUCCAAUAUAUGCAGACAUCGUACCGGCAACCUUCAACCUCGUGCACUCGGGUCGAACUGUUCUGCGAGGCCUCGUCCUGCAGCACCCAAGGAGUGAAUAUCUUAUGCUUGUACUGGAGCCAUCUAAUUGCCAUUGAUGUCAAGGCCUGUCGGUGUUAUAGUAUCCCCCAGGUCCUUGUGCAUCAUGGCCUCUUUCCAGUUUCUCUCUCCCACCCUCGCACCGCUGUCUCCAUAGACCUCCUGGAGUUCUAUCAUGCGUUAUUCGAACGCUCGGCUGACGCGGUGACUGCACUGGCUGGCGCCUUGUGCACUCACUAUGCGCGUCGCGGUUUCCAAACCCUCAACCAUAAGGGAGACCCCAUCCGUGAUCCAUUUCGACGUGGCCUUGGGUAUGCCAUGCAGUGGUACGACACCCUCCGUCACUCAAUUCAGCAUUGUUUCAAUGCUGCGAUCGAUGCUGCACAUGCAUGCCUCGCCCCCGAUCCCGUUGACACUCUGGUAGACAACCACGAUGCGCAUGCGCUGAGCACACCUCCCCCGGUGGAUGCUCUGACACGCUGCGCGAGGCUCCUGAGUACGAGGUGUCCAGCCUGCUUUGGAGGAGCAGCAUUUGGACGGCCGUUUGAUGAGGGAGCAGACAUACAUGUCGCACUGGAUGCGACAUUCAGCCAACGUCACAGCAUGCAUGCGGGCGAUUCGCCGCACUUCUAUGAACCCGAGUUCUUCAUCCCUAAGGCUCAGGUCGAUGAAUGCGGCCGGCGCAUCAUUGCAGCGCGCAAGAAGCCUCCGCGACCCUCAUGCGCUCCAAAGGUGCCUGCGCACAUCGUCGAUGAGUGCGAGAAGUCGUAUGAGGCCGCUGUCACGAGUUGGUACGGCACCUAG